CUUCCGCAAAAUAAAAAGCAAAUUGUAGUUUGAAGAGGAACAUAUGUAUGUGAAGGCGUUCCUCAAACACGACCUGCGGGAAGCCACGCCACCCACACCGACAGACACUCGAACCAACGUCCGUACUGCCACCUGGCAAUUGAAUUCCAUUCCAUUUCUGUUAUGUACUGUAUAUAAGCAUGCCGGAGUUUUACAGAAUGAAAGCACGGUGACGCCCUGAACAUGGAUCGUUUUGGGCAGGGACAUAUUAUCACUGCGCAUACUCAGCCUGGCAUAACGGAGCAUAAGAGGAAGUAAAGCUAAUUUCCCAUCACUGUAACAAGCGGGAGAUGGCGGUCUCCAUGCACACUCCGCGCAGAGCGUGCCUUGGCUUCGCGAAUUGCAAGGCCUUGCCAUGCGUCCUCCGGCCACGAUUUGCCCGCCGAGGGUGCACGAAAAUAUGCGCAGAGUCUCCCAUUAUAGAGGAAGUGGCAGGGCGUCGGAUCAACGCACCUGUGUUUAACCGCACGCGAUGGCAAUACCAUCAGAAUACUGGCCGAUAUGCCCGGCAUUUAAGCUCCAUUUUUAGGUCCAUCACCUUCCGCAAUCUACAGGGACCACUGAGCGCCCUGACACUGGUAUCCUGCCUGGUGGUGCUGUACCGCAGCUUGGUGGAAAUGGGGGAGCUGCCGGACUUCUUUGAGCUGCUCUCAAGGGAGAACUUCCCGGAUGUGAACUUUCCCUGGUGUGCCGCCAUGAACGCCUGGGGCUCUCUGCGCAACUCCUCCGCCCAUCUGAUCCGCAAGGCCGCUGCCUGGGUGGACGACACCGCCUCCCUGCAGCGCCUGGCGCGCUGGGUGGACGCCUUCCCGCUGUGCCUCAUGCUGGAGCUGCGCCACGACCAGGGGGAUCCGGCACUGGAGGCCGCCAUACGGGCGCAGCUGAGGGAGGUGCUCAGGCCGCACGAGGUGGAGCAGCUUGUGUCCGCCGGCCCCUACUACCACCACUUCUGCCUGAGUGUGUUGACCGCCCUGGUGGAGGCCGCCCAGCUGGGGGAGAGCCGGGAGGCCACCAUACUGGACGACCUGCACGGCUUCAAUGAGGCCGCCUGCGAGUGCGAAAAGAUCCUGCGCUUCCCCAUUCCCCUGACCUACACCCGCCACACCUCCCGUUUCAUGCUCAUCUACCUGACCGCACUACCACUCGCGCUGUACGACUCGUGUGACUGGGCAGUUGUCCCCGUCACCCUGGUCAUCGCUUUUCUGCUGCUGGGCAUUGAGGACAUCGGGGUGCAAAUCGAGGAGCCCUUCUCCAUCCUGCCGCUGCCCGACAUCUGCGCCGACCUCAGGGUGAUGGCGCAGAGGGCCAUAGCGCAGAGGACCAUGGUGCGCUGCCUGGCUGACCCGGACACCUGCCAGUUCGAGCCCGAGGAGCUCGAGUUCAACAUGGUCCGAGCGCGAGCAGCCCUGGGCCGCAGCAACAAGGAGACCCUGGCCGUCGUCGGGGGGGCCAACGUCAACUACGUCGCCGGAAACCGGAACGGGAACGGAAAUGGGGCCGCGGAGGGGGCGGGGAACGUGGACACUGGCGCAGGGGCCAGCAUAGACGACGCGGAAGCGGACAGCGGCCUAAACCUGGACGGCAGCGGCACUUCGAGCCUCGUGGCGACCUUGGCGGAAGUGUCGUGUGGUAGCGGCGUCGGCGCUGGGCCAGCGGGUUUGGACGGAGGGCAUGUCAGCCAGCAGCUUGGUGAUCACCACCAACGGUAGUGGAUGCGGGGAGGGUGUCCGGGGCGCAACGCGCGUGUGUGUGUGUGUGCGUUGGCAGCCCUGCUGACGAGGGCGUGUUGGUCCUUAGGGACAGAAAUCAGGAGGGACAAGGGCGACAGUACGUAGUGUCUCGUGUAAGGACUGUGGCUGCCAAGCGGCGUGUACUCGGUCUUUUUUUCCUGAUGCGUUUCCUGAUGGUCUCUUUGCGUGAUAGAUACAGGUCUGUAAGUACAGGUCUUUAUU